AUGGAAUUAGAAGCAGAAGCGAGAAAGAUAGAAGCUGAAGAGAGGAGAGAGGCUCGAAGGUUAGAGAUAGAAGCCGCGAAUGAAGCGAGAAGAUUAGAGGUUGAAGAGAGGAAUGAAGCGAGAAGGGUGGAUCUAGAAGUUAGAAGGUUGGAGGUAGAGAAGAACAGAGAUUUUGAGUGGGAAAGAUCUAGACUGGGGGCUAACUCAACCCAUAAGGGAGGAGAAGGAGAGAACACAGUUGAGCGCCAGAUGGUAAGGAGUCUGCAGCUCAUCCCUGACUUUGACGAGCAGAAGGUUGCAGAAUGGUUUAGACGAUUUGAGAAGAAGGCGGCUGAGUUUGGAUGGUCGGGAGAGAGAUGGGUUGGCCUAGUGGCCAAUAAGCUGAAAGGUAGGGCCUUGGAGGCCUACGACAAUAUGUCGGCGGAAGACCUAGAAAGUUACGAGGACUUUAAGGCUGAUAUUUUGAGGGCUUACGAGCUGCGGCCCGAAGCCUAUCGCCAAAAGUUCCGAGGUGGGAAGAAGAGACCUGGUGAUUCCUACCUCGAGUGUGCUCGCCAUUUAGAGCAGGUCUUUAAGAGAUGGAUCAGGAGUGAGGAAGUGG